UUUUCGGUGCUGUGACGCUGCACAACGCGUUUUUGUCGAAUUGCUUCGCACUUACUCGGUAUCAUCGUCUGUUGUUCUGACAACACCACAACGAACAGAAAGAAAAAAUAAUAAUUUAGUAUGCAAUUGUGAUAUUGAGUGCUUGGAAAUUGGAAAGAGAGAGGGAGAGAUUCUGAUAGAUAAAUAGAUUCUUGAUACGAUCGAAAGUCCGGAGUUGUGGAUUACUAAUUAAACCCCGAGAGGAUCUGCACUUGAUUGGUGCGAUUUGACUAUCGAUUUCAACAAGUCGCGAAUUUCCGCUAGCGAUUAUCAUAAAUCAACAAAGGCGAUUCUUUUCAGUCGGAAUUGAUCGAGCGUAUGAGAGUGUAUGUGUGCGCUGGUUGGAUAUGUGUGACAAUAUUUCGCCUGGAUGGUGUUAAUAGAUCUAAAUGCUGAUGUAUUUAGCAAAAGAAAAACAAAGUUAGAUUGAAAUUGUACGCGUGAAUUGUUCCGGAGCGUUUAUUUCUCGCUUCGUUUUGUUGUUGUUGACUUAAAUUAUUCUCUUUACUCCACCAAUCUCACUCACAUCACAUGUCUCUCAAUGUCUAUUUAUAACCGCUUGUAAGCAAACUCUUUUUUUUCGCUCUGCAGCUUGUGUGUGUUUUUGUUUUGCUUUUAAUUUACUUCGUUCGUGUUGCAAGUCGGACAACAGAUUUAUUUUCAGUGUAAACAUUCAAUUGGUUGCAAACAAAAGAGCAUCCCGUUAUCACGUUCUACCUUGAAUUCGAAAUGAAAUUUAAACGCGAAGUUCAGAAUUACGAGCGACACACAUCUUUUGCAUUGAAAUUCUUUAUGACAAGAGAGUGAGAGUGCGACGUGUUUGUCUGUUCGAUUUGAUAGCAGAGUGAAUGAGUGUGUGAGUGUGUGUAUGUGCCCUCGUGAGCGAUAAUAUUUCGCAACAAAAUUAUGUAUGAUGAGUUUUUUUUGACAUUCAUAUGGAAAUGAACGUAUUUGAAUUGAGGUGAAAGAGUCUUUUCGCUGGCAUUUAAUUGCGUGUAUCGUCUUUCUAUAUUCUUGAGUGUAGAUACAACGAACGAUCUUCAGCCAAAAAUAAAAUCGAAAAAUACUAUUUAAAAAAAAAAACCGAACAUCAUGAGCAAAUCUCUCAACGCCAACUUUUCGGGACCAUUUAAAGUGGGAGCAUACGAAAAUUAUUUGAACGCUCUUCUUGCCGACCUGCAGAACAGUGUGCCAGGAGGUCAACAAAAUCCACUGAAUCACUUGAGUCACGCGUACACUGGCCAAAAUGGAAACGCCAGCUCGGGAUAUGGCUCGUUGCGCUCAAGGCCAACUCCACAAGCGACUUCACCUUACCAAGAAGUACGAAGAGUGAUAACAACGGAUCAAAAAUCCGCACCUGGUUCGCAAUACUCACAAACCAACACACAUUAUAACAAUCAAAAUGGAACUGGAACCGCUGGCAAUCUGUCUGAAUUGGAUACGCUUCUGCAAGACUUGAGCCAAGCUCGUUACGGUGCCAAUUUGAAACCCGUUAAAUCUAGUCUUGGAUCACAAAAUGAAUUGAAUGAUUCGAUUAAACGGCCAUCCGUUGAUGAUUUGUUAGAGGAGCUGAGCAAUGCACAAGCCUCUGGGCCCGUGUAUGCAGUGCCAAGUCGAUUUGGUUCAAGCAAAUCACCUGGAGGAAAACAUGUGACGAUUACAGUUCGCGAAACAAAAACGGAACGAAUGACUCCGGUCAAUCAGUCUGGUCAUCCUGGCGACCAAGAGGUUAUUCAAAAAGUAAUCCAACAUUCAAAUUCAGCUGUACCACAUGCUUCGACUGCUACAAGAGAGUUGGACGAUCUGAUGGCAUCGUUAUCUGAUUUCAAGAUUAACUCCAGCGCUCAUCAGCAACAGACGGUUACUGAGUACGCAAAACCGAAUCAAGGUAUUUCGUAUUCGCACCAGGAGACAACUAUUCAUCAUAACGAUCAAUUGGAUUCUAUGCUAGGAAGCCUACAAGAAAACAUGAAUCGUCAAGGAGUUACCACAACACAAAAAGGAUGUUGCAGCGCUUGCGACAAGCCAAUCGUUGGCCAAGUGAUUACUGCUUUGGGUCGCACAUGGCAUCCGGAACAUUUCACAUGCAGCCACUGCUGCCAAGAGUUGGGCACACGCAACUUCUUUGAACGCGAUGGAGCACCAUAUUGCGAGCCAGACUACCAUAACUUGUUCAGCCCACGCUGUGCCUACUGCAACGGUGCCAUUUUGGAUAAAUGUGUUACGGCAUUGGACAAGACCUGGCACACUGAGCAUUUCUUCUGCGCUCAAUGCGGUCAACAAUUCGGCGAAGAUGGCUUCCAUGAACGGGACGGUAAGGCCUAUUGCCGCAACGAUUACUUCGACAUGUUUGCACCAAAGUGCAGUGGAUGCAACCGCGCCAUCAUGGAAAACUACAUCUCAGCAUUGAAUGCCCAAUGGCACGCUGAGUGCUUCGUCUGCCGGGAUUGCCGUCAACCCUUCCAAAAUGGAUCAUUUUUCGAUCACGAAGGAUUGCCUUAUUGUGAAACUCACUAUCACGCAAAACGUGGAUCACUUUGCGCUGGCUGCUCCAAGCCAAUCACUGGACGGUGCAUUACUGCUAUGUUCCGAAAGUUCCAUCCGGAGCAUUUUGUGUGCGCUUUUUGCUUGAAACAACUCAACAAAGGCACAUUCAAAGAACAAAAUGAUAAGCCCUACUGCCACGAAUGCUUCGACAAACUGUUCAGUUAAAGCAAAUCACGUGCGAUCACAUCAACAACAACAACCGAUGAUGACGACGAAAACAUACAGAGAAAUCCCAUCUAACUAACAAACAAGUCAAUUUCAAACGAGAAGAUCAUUUUAUUAAUACAAUUAUUAAAAUGAAACGCGCAUUUCUGUGAGAGAAAAAAAAACACACAUACACAAUUUGAAACGAUAUCGUUAAGAUGAACUAUUUUAUUGAAAUUAAAGCAAAACGACGCAAGGAAACGAAAAUCAUUUGCUAAAUUCUAGUGUUAUUCUAUUGAGAUAUAUUAUUUUUUUCAUCUGUCUAAUGUAAAUAAACGAAUUGGCUGGAAGGACUAUUUACACGGACGAGACAUUCAACGAUUCGAUUUAUCGUUCGCGCACAUCGCAAAUUUAAUUUGCAAAUUACGCUCGCGAGAAAGCACAAGAUCAUUCGCGUGCUCUUUUAAUGUUUUUCUUUUUCUGUUGCAUCGUUUAUCUAAAUAUACUCCUCCUAAUUGUAGUAUAAAUUAUCGCUUGUUCCAAAUUCAUUUGGUUUUUUUUUUUUAAAUCCAAUCAAACAACUUUAUAUCUCCGACAUUUAUUUUCGGAAUAUAAACUUACUAAAAAACAAUUGCUUUCUUUUGUAAAUAACGAGAAGAACUACAGCCGACAAAUCGAGAGAAUAAUUUUGUCAAUUCGUUUUUCUUCUAAUUUUUUUUUUCGAAUAUAACUAACUGCAGUUUAGAAGGCGCUACAUUGACAUGGUUUCCGAUUUGUUGCGCACACGCGUGUCAAUGUUUUUUUAUUGUAAAUAAGAAGGAGAAAUGAGAAUGGGAUGCCAUUUACGUCAAAAUGCAUCAAGUGCAUCUCAAGUCACGAUCGACUGAGAUUCAGAUAGGAAAAAAACAAAGCAAUGAAAAUACACACUCACAGCGAAACAAACAUAACGAACAGACUAAAGAGAUACUUCAACCAAUUGUAAUUUUUAUUUUUAUACUCGAUCAUAAUAAACAAUGAUUUGUUUGUCUCGCAACAAACAAACUCAUUCCGAAUCAAAUCAGGAUUUUAUACUGCACCACACAUAAUCCGUUCAUACUAAAACUUAGCGCCAAAAAAACAACUACAACAACAAUUAUAUCACAUCAUGAAAAUUAUUAUGAAUGCUGCAGAAGCACAAAAUAACUUGAAAUUCUUUUUUUUCAAUAAACAUAAAGACUUUUUAACAAUUUACAA